AUGGAGGAAGACGAGCAGGCGCAGCCCGAGAGGGACAACAAGGAGAAGGUGCCGGUGCCCGAGCCGGAGCCGGAGCCGCCUCGGUGCGGCAGGCACCCGUCCCAGCUCCUCACGGGCAUCUGCUCCUCCUGCCUCAUGGAGCGCCUCUCCUCGGUGUGGGACCAGCCCGAGUCCGAGAUCGUCGAGGUCGCCGCCGCGGAGCCCGCCGAGGGCUCCGGCGCCGCGGACCGGGGCAGGCUGCGCAAGACGCUCAUGCUGCUCUUCCAGCUCGACGACUCCACCGGCGGUGGCGGCGCGCGUCCGUCGGAAGGGCCGCAGUCGUUGGCGGAGUUCCAGUCGGGUUCCGGAGAAGGAGGUCGAGGGGGCAAGCGGAAGGGCCCCGGGUCGUGGCUCCGGUCGAUUCGUCUGCCGAGGGGAGCGUUGCGGUGGAGGAGGAAUGGGCCCGCGGCCUCUGCCAAGGAGCCGCCCUCGAUGCCGCCGCGCGGGGUGGCGGUGGUGGAUCCGAGCGCCAGCGACGACGGCGGAGCGCAGGUGGAGCGGAAGCCGAGCUUCCGUCGCUCGUGCGAGUGGAUGGCGUCCCGGGACCGGGACCCGAGCAGAGGCUCCCUGGAGCCGCCCCGCCACUCGUGGGACGGGUCGAUGGUGGGCAGGGCGUUCGCGUGCUCCUUCGCCUGCUUAGAGGAGCCGGAGCCGCCGGAGGAUGGAGCGAGGAGGGUGAGGAGCAAUGCGGAGGAAGCGGUCGGGGAGGCCCGCGCCGUGGCUGCUGAGAGCAGGAAUGGCGGGCACUCGGACUCGGCUGAUGCAGGGGGCGAUGGGCGGCGUCUGAGUCUCAGGGGAAGGAGCUCUUGUGACACUGGGAUGGAGAUGGCCGUCUCUGGUGUUGGGAGACGGAGGUCUAACAGGUGGAGCAGGGUGUGGGAUCGGAGCAUAACGAGUCCGCUCAAGGAGUUUGUGAGGAAAGGGGAGCAUGUUCUCGAGCGGUCCCUCUCGGAAUCCAGGAGAGAAGUCCGGAAGGGUAAAAAUGCGGAGGCAGCAGACAUCAGUGGCGAAAUUCAUCAACCCGGACGCAACGGACAUGUUCAGGGCAGAGCAAGCCAAGGCACGAUCCGAAGCUCACAGGCUGCAAGUAAUGGGGAUGCGCAGAAUUUCCGGACCGAUUGGCUCAAGAAUAGCAAGAUUGGCAGAAGCAGGAGUGUUCAUUAUACAUCUCCUGGGAACCUGGACAAUGGGAUGCUUCGGUUUUAUCUGACACCAAUGAGAAGCUCCAGAAUUGCAAACAGGGGGAGGAGGAGAAGUUCACGCUUGUUUGCGAGAGGACUUUUCGGUUUCAUAUGA